AUGGAGAAUGGGAAGAGUGUGCCUCCAGCCCUGAAUGUGUAUAUUUGUACGUGCACGCGGGUGGACCACUCUCGCACACCACUGCGGGACCGACCGCCUUCUGCGCCGUGCGAGCGAGCUGACGGAUACGGACGAGACAGGCUUUGCUUAUGCGUGGGAGUAGACGGCGUCUCUGGAGAGUCUGAGAGCAAGAGUACCUCGAAAAAUUUACUCGCGAAAAUGACCCCCGGCCGCUCAGCUCUGCGCCGACUCCAAGAGCCGACUCAUCUGUAUGAAACAGUGCCCUCCAGCGAGGCUGCCGUACGACACGCCGUAAACAACAGGCGCUGUGGCGCCCUCAGCGCAACAAACGCACAUAGCUGCGGCAGCCUGCGCGCGCGCUGGCGGAUGCGAGUCUGCGGCGUCCUCCAUCGGAAAUUUACCCUAGUUCUGCAGGCGCAGGAGUAUGCAGGGGCCGGAAUAUCGUCCUGA